AUGCAGAUGUGUUUUCAUGGUUUAAAUCUGGUCGGCCGCGAUGAGACUUCAAAGAGAGCCUCUAAUCUGUCGCUGUCUCCACUGAAGCUGCAGCCAGUUCAAGGAAAAGACCCAGAGGAGACACAGGACCCAGAGGAGACACAGGACCCAGAGGAGACACAGGACCCAGAGGAGACACAGGACGCAGAGGGGACACAGGACCCAGAGGAGACACAGGACCCAGAGGGGACACAGGACCCAGAGGGGACACAGGACCCAGAGGAGACACAGGACCCAGAGGAGACACAGGACCCAGAGGAGACACAGGACCCAGAGGAGACACAGGACCCAGAGGAGACACAGGACCCAGAGGAGACACAGGACCCAGAAGAGACACAGGACCCAGAGGAGACACAGGACCCAGAGGAGACACAGGACCCAGAGGAGACACAGGACCCAGAAGAGACACAGGACCCAGAGGGGACACAGGACCCAGAGGAGACACAGGACCCAGAGGAGACACAGGACCCAGAGGAGACACAGGACCCAGAGGAGACACAGGACCCAGAGGAGACACAGGACCCAGAGGAGACACAAAGCCACUCCUCUAAUUUAAUGGACUAUCAACAUUUAUGGUCAUGUGGCGAAAAGUGCAAGAGAAAGCCACGCAAGCACAGCAGCAUCCAGCUGGACUCUGCCAGCCCUCAGAACCAUCCAGCUGGACUCUGCCAGCCCUCAGAACCAUCCAGCUGGACUCUGCCAGCCCUCAGAACCAUCCAGCUGGACUCUGCCAGCCCUCAGAACCAUCCAGCUGGACUCUGCCAGCCCUCAGAACCAUCCAGCUGGACUCUGCCAGCCCUCAGAACCAUCCAGCUGGACUCUGCCAGCCCUCAGAACCAUCCAGCUGGACUCUGCCAGCCCUCAGAACCAUCCAGCUGGACUCUGCCAGCCCUCAGAACCCUCUUUCAUUUUCCAGGGCGGGACAGGUGGAGAAAUGCUACUUUUUAG